AUGGACGCUUUAGCCCUGAAGGUUGAACACAUCUCUGCAAAUCCUACAACCGCAGUAGUUGUAGAUUGUGAAACAUGUGGAACCAAAGGACACCUUGCACCAGAAUGCAAUUUGUUGACUGAAUCAAACUCAUACCAGGUCAAUUAUGCCCAAGGAAACCCGUUUUCAAACACUUACAACCCGGGAUGGAGGAAUCAUCCAAACUUCUCUUAUAAAAACAAUAACCCUAUUCAAAACUCUACCCCUCAAAGACCACCAAGUUUUCAAGCUCAAAGGCAAAUCCAACCUAUGCAAGUCGUUCCUCAAAAGCCAAACCUAGAGAAAAUCAUGGAAAGUUUCAUUUCGUCCCAGAUUCAGCAAAACAAAGAGUUCCUAAACCAAGAUAUUCAUAUAAAUGAACUUAUCACACAAUUAGGAACUAAGGCCACACCUGGAGGGAAAUUUCCUGGACAACCUCAACCAAACCCGCGAGGGAAAGCUAACAUUGUUACCUUACGAAGUGGGAACACCUAUGACAAACCUGUAAAAACAGCCUUGAGUGAACCAGAGGCUUCUAAGAAAAACGUUGUGUCUAUAGACGAAGUGGAGGAAGUAGAGAGGCAAAAAGACCAUGAAGUGAAAGAUAAGGGAGAAGAUAAAGAAAAAGUUUAUGUUCCACCCUCUCCUUAUAAACCACCAAUUCCAUACCCGCAAAGACUUAAACAGGCAAAAAUUGAUAACCAAUAUAAAAAGUUUAUAAAAGUGAUCGAGAAUCUCCACGUAGAAAUCCCUUUAACCGAAGCCAUCACCCAAAUACCAUCUUAUGCUAAAUUCCUUAAGGAUAUCUUGACAAAUAAACGUAGGCUGGAUGAUCCAAAACUUUUAGAGUGCAACUCCAUUGCUGAGAAUAAACUUGCUAAGAAGGAAAAAGAUCCCGGAAGCUUUUCCAUACCUUGUAUUUUAGGGAAUCGUGUUAUUGAUGACGCGUUCCUAGAGUUGGGAGCAAGCAUAAGUUUGAUGCCUUUAGCAGUUUGUAGAAGGCUAAACCUUGGAGAAUUACAACCGACUAAGAUGUCUCUUCAAUUAGCCGAUAGAUCUUUAAAAUACCCAGUAGGCAUAUUAGAAGACAUUCCAGUUAGAAUUGGACAACUUUAUAUCCCAACAGAUUUCGUGGUGAUGAAAAGAUAUAAUUUACUCUCCAAAAUCCUAAUGGCACCAUUCAUAGAAGACUCUUGUUAUGCGAUUGAUAUCAUUGAUGAAUGCAUAAGGGAGCUAGAUCAAGAAGGACCUCCCGAGAAAAUGAAAUAUUCUUCGCCUCCCAUAAGAGAAGACGACGAAUUUAGACUGGAGCCUUACAUGCAUGACGACCUUUAUGGAUUCUUAGCACUUACCCCGAACCAUAUGCCAUGUCCUAAAAAACCAUCUGUAGAACUUAAGGAACUACCCAAGAAUCUAAGAUAUGAGUUUUUAGAUCAAAACUAA